AUGGAUCUGAGAAGUUUGAUGAACACAUCUGACGACGGGGACCGGCCCCGAGCCGCUGCCGCUGCCGCUGCCGCCGCCGCCGCCGCUGGUCUUCCCCCAGGUCAUCCUGCUCACUCUCGCCCUUCCUCUCAACCCCUUGCGCCGAAGCAGCAGCAGCAGCAGCAGCAGCCGCAACCGCAUCCGCAACAUCAGCCACCGCCGCCGCUACCCUAUCAGCAGCAGGCUCCCACGACACCUUCCCAAGCUACGACGGCGUACGCAUUCAGAGAAUCGGCCUACAGCCACGCCUUGCACUCGUCCCCCGGAAAGCCGCCGGCUCCUCAAGAAUACGCCGUGCAUCCCCAGGCCUCAACUCCAUCAUUCCCUCCACAGUCGCCUUAUCAAACUCCCGGGCCCUAUCCUGGCCGACAGGCACCCCCACCGCUUCAGGCGGGCGUUCCUGCUCCGUAUGCCGAUGCGCGAUCUCCUCAGAGUGCGACCAUGGCUGGGCAGUCGCCCUAUCGUCACACGCCCACAUCUUCGGUGAGCGGUCCCAGCGGGGGUUAUCCAUUCCCUCCCACUGGCCCGCCUCAAGAUGUCUCCAGCCCUGUGCAACGACACCAAUAUCCACAGCCCAACGCGUAUCCCUCAAGAGAGAGCUACUCCCACCCAUCUGGUGCACCAGCGCCUUCUCCGUACACCCAGCAGCAACAACAACAACAACAACAACAACAGCAGCAGCAGCAGCAGCAGCUCCUGCAGCAACAACAGCAAUUACAGCAGCAACAACAACAACAACAACAACAACAACAACAACAACAACAACAACAACAACAACAACAACAAGCGCCGCCGCCGCCGCCUCAGCACAUGCCCCAAACGCCGCCUAUCGGCACCCCGGUCGGCGUGCACCCGUACCUUCACCAGCGCUCUCAAUCGACGCAUUCAACUCCUACUCCCACAUCCGCUCAUAGUCAAAACCCGCAGCAACUUCACGGCCAUGCGUACCCUCACGGCAGUCCUGUGGCGACGGCACAUCCCCCCCCUGAACAUAGCCGACAGCUCUCUCAGCCGCCUACCCCACUGGGCCCGCCCCAGACCGGGCCUCGACAAUCUUCCACCGCACCGAGCUUUGCGCAACCACAAAGUCCCUACCAAAAGAGACUGUCUGCCUCGCACCUUGCCCAAGCCACACCACCACCACCACCACCACCACCACCUCGCAUGCCCAGCUCCCACAGCGGCCACGAACGAAGAUCCUUGUCACAAAAAUCAGAGGCGCGAUCGCAUCCGAGUGUCAUCAACAUGGUGGAACUCGAACGCGAACGCGAACGCGAACGCGCCGCGACACCCGCCAAAAGAAAGCUUGCUGAUAGAGAUUUAAGCCCGAGGGAACUCGAGCGGAAGGAGCCACGGCCUCCACCGGCUGAGGUCAAUGGCGGACCCAGACUCUCCCGAUCGCCUGUGAUGCAGCGAAAGAGAAAGAUACACACGACGCCUCCCAUCUGGGCACAGACAUGGAACGCUCGGGAGAACAAGAGGCUGAAGCUGGCCAAUUUCGAGCUACAAAAACGAGGACCACCUAGCGUCAAUGGCAAGACAGAGCCUAUAAAACAGGACAGCUCCAGCCGCCAUACGUCUCCAGAGGCCGCGCGAUCCACUGCGCCGCCGGUUCAGGAACCACCCAAGCCUGAUGGUCUGCUUGGCUCAUGGGAGGAGAGCAUUCUCGGCACCCGACCGUACGAGGAACUAUCCAAGACGAUUGCCGAUUUCCUGUUCAAGAAUGUCACGCUCCACCCCGACUCUGGCGAGAUUAUUGGGCGAGGCGUGCAGUUCGAGAUCGAGGCCAAGAUGGGUCAGCUCAUCGAUAAAGACACCAACGGUCGCGUUGAGAGGGCAAUCGGCUCGGAAUGUGUUCUACACGACACCGGCCGUCUUGCCUUCAGAAGCAGCAUGACAGAGGCAUGUUUCCUCCGCCCUGCCAAUUUUCUCUAUUUUGCCCAACACAAAGGUCUAAAUGAAUUCCUGAACAAUACGGUUGUUCAGACAGACCCACGGAAUCCCAACGCCCGAGGCCGUGUUCAAAUACAGUACAAGCAUCGACGGGAGGUUGACAAGUUCUACGAGCUGCCGAACGCUCUGCAGGCCCGUCUUCCAGGCUGUGUUCGAUCUCUCCUGUCUGGCAGGCGAUCGAUCAAGGUCCGUGUUACGUAUGACCAGAAGACACAACAAGUCCUGGCCAAGAUUGUCAAGGCACGAGUGGCCGACAUUCACAUCCAUCUGCCAACGUGCCCGCUCGACUGUCGUAUCAGUAUCAACCUCGAAAUGCCAUGGGACGGAUCCGUCGAGGAGCUGGAAAGCAUGGCUGUUGGGCAUGCUGAUAAAUUCCCCGACCGGAAUAAAGACCGCCUGAGUUAUAAACAGAACCACUACCAGAUCGACUUGACACAGGUGACACAGAUGAUGCCGGGCCCUGGAAAUACCCACCGGAUCGACAAAGAGCACGAGCUCGAGGUCGAGUUGUCGUCAGAUAUUCUUCUCGACCAACAACGCCGAGCAAUGAGGAACGAGCCGCAUCAAUACCCCCAACUCGUUGAGGGAUUUGUCGACAACGUACGCGUCCUGGCCCGGAAGAGCCGUGAUUUCAUGUAA